UCAUUAGCCUUAAAAAAUCUGGACAUUAUAGGGGACCUAACGGUUUACAAGAGGACAAGAUAGGAUAUCUUGUUAUAGGCUAAUAGGGAGAUUCUCCAUAAAUUUCUAUUUUAUUUAUCAAUAAUGUUAGGACUAAUACACGCACAUUAAAUAUUCAGAAUGGUAGAUCUUGUUUAUAAUUUAAUAAGUUUUCUGCGUGCAUUUUAUUUAAUAGUAAUUUAUAUGUGUUGCAUUUUUAAUGGUAUCAACGGAAUUAAUUUGGAUACAAGAUUUUCUGUGUUGAAAGAGGGAACGAAAGGAUCUUAUUUUGGAUUUUCUGUAGCACAGCAUAAGAUUACUGAGGAUUUAAAUAAUCUCGAGAAUAAUCUUUUGCUUGUUGGAGCUCCCAAAGACAAUUUAACUUCCACUGGAGGAUCUGUAUUUCACUGUAAAGCCAAGUCUCAAAGUAAAAAUGACUGUUCUUUAAUAUCAGAUAUUGAUCCUAAAUCUCCAGCAAAGGACCAAUGGUUAGGUGUCACUUUGGCAUCUUCUGGCCCAGGCAAGAAAGUUGUGGGAUGUGCCCAUCGCUUCAUGAAAGAUAAUGCAGCCGUUGGUUUGUGUGUUGUGUUGGAUAAAAACCUUGGAUAUGACUCCAUGUUCAAACCAUGUGAGAAAAAUAAAAUUGAUUCUUACAUGGAAGAUUUUGGUCUGUGUCAGGCGGGUAUGUCAGCUGCAGUUGGCCAGGAUGACGCUUUAGUAAUGGGAGCUCCCGGAUCAAUAUACUGGCGAGGUACAAUUUUUUCAGCAAAUAUCACUGAUGUUUUUGGUGUAUCGCCAAAAGAGUCAGUCAGCCCAUAUAAAUUAAAUCAGCAAGAUCCACUUAAUAUGCCACCUACAGAGAUAUACUCUUACAAUGGCUAUGCUGUGGCAAUGGGAAGAUUUGAUAAUACUAGAGCACUGUACUAUGUGUCUGGUGCACCAAGGUCAGAGAUCACAGGAAAAGUAGUGUUUUUCAGAGAUUAUAAAAAGGAUGAUAUGCUUGAGUACAAACCUAAUCAGAUACUCAGAGGCCAUUGGGAUUUUUCUGGCUUUGGUUCCAGCCUCCUUGCUGUAGAUAUUAACAAUGACAGUUUUGAUGACCUUAUAGUUGGAGCUCCAUACUUAUACUCAAAAAAUGUAGGUGGUGCUAUAUAUAUCUACUAUGGUGGGAGAACCAUGAUUAAUAAUACCACCAAACCAUUAGAGAUUCGAAGCCGUCCAAUGAGUGAUUUGGAAUGUCAACAAUUGAUGUGUGAGCAUGCAAAAUUUGGCUUGAGUCUAACCAAACUUGGAGACAUAAAUAUGGAUGGCUUUCAAGAUUUUGCUGUGGGUGCCCCAUAUGAAGGAAAUGGUGCUGUUUACAUUUAUCAUGGAUCUUCUUCUCCUAUUGAGAAAUAUGUUCAGAAAAUUGAUGCCUUAGAUCUGCCUGACUCAAAGCUUGUUUCUUUUGGUUACUCACUGUCUGGAGGCAUGGACUUGGAUGGCAAUGGUUACCCUGAUCUUCUGGUUGGUGCUUAUGAAUCAGACACUGUUGCUCUCAUCCGUUCCAGGCCUAUCAUCAAAAUUGAACCAGUGAUUAGUGUGACUCCUAAAUCAAUCAAUAUGGAUGUGCAGAACAUAACAUGUGCUGCUAAACCUGACUUGAAAAACAAACUCUGUGUAGUGCUAGAGCUGUGUCUUUCAUUUACAACCAACCCACCAUUAAGAAUUGACCCAGAGGUAACCUACAGAUUAGAGGCAGAGCCACUGAGAAGAUUAAGUAGAGUUGAGCUUGAUGGAGCCCAGGAUCCUAGUAAAAGGAUCAUAGAUAAUAAAAGUGUCACUCUAAAGCCAACAGCUUGUGUCCAACAAGUGGCUAUAUUGAAGGAUCAGUUUGAUGACCGGCUCAGCCCAAUAGAGUUCAAGUUUAUUUUUGGACUAGCAACAGACAAACUAAAAGCUGAUGACUAUCCUAAGAGUGCAGUACAAGAUAUUAAUUCAUUUCCUGUCUUAGACACAGAAAAUUCUGAUAAUAAAACAAAUUCCAUAUCUGUUGAGGCUGAAUUUGUUAUGGAGUGUGGUGAUGACAACAAGUGUCACAGCAAUUUACAAUUUGAGGCUGACCUUAGGGACUUGACCCUAAAUUCAGCUGGAGUGUAUGAAAUGGUAGUUAGUGAAAAUAAUCAAUUACAAAUUGCAAUAAGAAUAACAAAUGUUGGAGAACCUGCUUACCUGACAAGAGUUUUUGUGAUGAAGCCAAAGUCCCUCAGUUAUUUUGGCACUCAAUCUGAGGAUUCAGUUUCAUGUCAAACUAUUAAAGAUAAUGAUACACUGAUAAUGUGUGACCAAAUUGGCAACCCUUUGAAACAAAACACAGUAUACUUUGUUCUAAAACUUAAUGUGCCCUCGAGUUUGUCAAUAUCAGGGGAAAUCAAUACCAUUCAUGCUUGGAUAAACACGUCUAGUGCAGAAGAGACUCCAAACAAUGAUCAUCAGGAAUUACGAUUUCAAGUUAUAAAUAAAGCUGAUUUAAUUGUGGAUGCCAACGUAGCACCAGACAAUGCUAUAUUAUGUAAAGGAGAACCAAGAGAUGUGAGAGAGAUCAUUGAUGAAAGUGGCAUAGGGGCAUCUGUAAAGCACAACUUUGUUGUCAGAAAUAUGGGCCCUGGAGAGAUAUCAGAAUCAGAAAUCACAAUAAGUUGGCCCUAUGAACUUGGAGGUGCUCAAGCAGGAAAGAAGAAGUAUUUACUCUAUCUCAUGAAAGAACCUACGGUGGAAGGAGAUAAUGUGAUGUGCAAUGACAUAAAACGGUAUGUUAACCCUGAGAAAAUAAAGCCUCUAAAAUUUGGAGAAAUUUCAAACUCUGUGAAAGAAGAGAAGGAUGUUCAGAAGCGAAGGAAAAGACAAGCUGAGCCAAAGGCUAAAUCUAGUGGCAAAGUUGUUGUUCUGAGCUGUCACGAAUCUGAUAGUGUUAAAUGUAUUCAGUUUAAAUGUACUCUAGGUAAACUACGAGCUAAUCUUGACUUUGUGAAGAUCACAUUUGAUGCCAGGCUAUGGGAAAGCACUUUAUUGUCUGAUUACAUAGCUGCACCAGAUGUACAGAUAAUAUCUUGGGCCAAUGCAACUAUACCUAGUAGACUCAAAAUAAAACAAGAUAAAACAAAUGAUGCCAGAAGGGCAAUUACACGUGCAGUACCAAAUUUUAAAGAAGCUUUAGGGCAAACUGUUCAGUGGUGGAUUAUUUUAGUGGCUGUUUUGGUUGGACUAGUUGUAUUAUUGAUUGUCGUAUUUGUUCUCUUCAAGUUAGGAUUUUUCAAACGCAAACGUAUGGAAGACAUGGCCAUGUAUAAGGCAGAGAAGAAGCAACAAGCCAUGCUUGAUGACUAUGAUCAAGACAAGGCUUAAUUAUCUUUAUAUUAUUUAGUUCCAUUCAAAAUCUUUUUUAAUUUUUAACAAUGUAAAUUAAGAAAGUACUAGCAUUUAAACUGCUAAAAAAAAUGUUGAACUGUUUUGUUUAUUUCACAUCUUUCGUUUAAAAAAUAAUUAAUCUAAUGUUAAAAUUGUGAAACAUUUCUUUUAUGUUCUGAACAUAAGCUAGUAACCAAAGAAAUAUCUGAAAACUAUUGACAAUGACUAUUUGGACCAAUUUUAGUUAGAGUUUAAGAAACUAUAUGCAAAGAAUCACGAGUAAUAAGCAAUGUUAUUUUGACAUUUGUAUAAGUGUGAUCUGACAAGUUUCUACUUAAUGUUAUGAGUGUUUCUGUGUCAGGUGUCCUACAUCCUCAUUCCAAAUGAAAUUAUUUGCACUGAAUAUGUUAUUGUAACUUGUUUACUCUGCUUAUACAAAAUCAUAACUAUUUAACCCAAGUGCCCCAUUUAUCAGUCAUUAAUCACUGUAUUAUUAUUUUAUUCAAAUAUACAAAUUUAUAUUUCUUUUAUUGUACUAUUUCCUUACAUUCUACAUUUUGUUUAUUUUCAACCACUCCAAAUUGUUGUUUUAUCCGUACAGAUAUAAAUAACUGUGUAGAUGUUUGCCAGUGUUGCAACUUGUAUCUUUAGAAUGGUAAGCUAUAUUUAUUUAUUCAACAUUGGCACACAUUGACACUCGACUCGGAGAAAAAAAUGUAUACCUACCAGACCAAGCAUUCCUUGAAUUGAUUUUAGAUAAUUCAUUUGCAUAGCAGAUUGAAAAACUGCUGAAUGUGUUGUGAGCAAAAAAAAGUUUGAGAAUAAUUUAGUGUAACUAAAGAAGAAACAUAAGAUUAAUUAUAUAUAUAACAUAUAUACUGUAGAUUAAAAUGUAUACAUAGUAUAUAUAUAUAUAUAUAUAUAUAUAUACAUAGUAUAUAUAUAUAUAUAUAUAUAUAUAUAUAUAUAUAUAUAUAUAUAUGUGUGACAUAAAUACUGUAGAUUAAAUAAAACUGAAGAUUUUGUAAAUUAACCAACCAGAAAGAAACGCGUACUGAUUAACAUUUUUUCACAAGUUUAAACCUUACAUGUGCUAAUGUUGCAUAAGAAUUGUUUUUAUAUUACUGCACAAAUUACCUAAAGGCUGUUUAUACUUUAGAAAUGUUAUUUGUCAUCUUUGUAUAUUUAUCUACAUAUAUGACAGUUCAAAUCAUGUGCCUAUAGAUUUCAGGACAUUUUCUAUUUCUGUGUUGUUAGUAAUGUUCAGUCAUCUUAGUACAUUAUGCUUGUGUUUGUGUACAUGAGUUGCGUCAAUAGAAAUGAAUAUUUUGGCUUUUGCUGUGCAGUGGUUGUUGAAUUUGAGAUCUUCUCUCCACAAUGUAUAUAGCUUCCUUGAGCUUUGUAGCAGUAGUUUGUGUUGUUUGCAUGGUUGUGAUGAUAUUUUCUAGUUCAAAAGCUAGGCAUAAUGCUUAAAUCAUGCUCAAUGUUUGUUUUUCUUUAUGAAAGAGCUAGCCAGCAUGUAAUAGUUUCAAUAUUUUGCAUGUAUUUUUUUUUUUUGGUUGUUUGUUUACAUCCUGUUCUUUCUACAUUCAUAGAAUAUAGAAUUAGAUAAGAAAUGUAGAUCUAGUUCUUUUUGUUGCAUUCCACAAUGUAUUCAGUGAUGUUUUGUUUUGCUCCCAUACUUUCAUAACAUUUCCAUUAUUGGAGAGCUUACUGGCACGGUUGUGAACUGCUAUGAUAAUGUAGCCUUCAUUGGAUUCAAAAAUAGUUUGUUCUCUAAUUUUUUAUUCUCAUUUCUAUUGGGAAACAAAAAGUUGUAAAAUUUUUUAUUAUAAAUUACUAUUUUAUACUUUGUUUUUAAAAAAUGAAUAAUUAGAUUGUUUAUUUAAAAAUAAGCUAUGAGCUUACUUUGUUUAUUGACUGUAGCAUUUCACAACAUUUUCUAAAAUCAUUACAAAUGUAGUUGUACACAUUUUAUGAAAAUAACUUGUUUGAUAGUUCUACUUUAAUCUCUAGACUAAAGGUUGCCUUUUGUUUCCACAUGCUUUAUAAAUCAUAAUUAUUUUAUACUUUUUUUUUUAAAUAUAUAUAUAAUUAAAUUAUGUAUACACUACAAGUUAAUAUGCCAGAUCUACCCUUUUUUUAUUAACUGUGGCAUCUUCCAACUUUUUUCUUGUACCUGUACUUUUUUUUUUCUGUGGGGCAUUAUAUAAAAUCAUUUCAAUUGUACACAUUUUCUGAAAAAAAAACAAAACCCAACAAACUUGUUUGAUAAUUUUACUUAGCUAGCACUAUAAAAGAGUAGCAUUUUGUUUCCAUGUGCUUUACAUGUAAGUUAUUCUUUUUAAUGUUAUGUCAUAUUAUUUGCCUUAUGCUAAAAUAAAACAAGAAUAUAGAAUAACUGCCUUUUAUGUCAUUGUAAGAACAUAGAACUCUUUAAUGUCACUGUAAGGAUAUAGAAGAACUGCCUUUUUGUAACACUUAGUUUCAAAUUAUUUCCACAACUUAGUUUGUUAAAAGUGCAUGUAUUAAUUACUUGAUCAACUUAACAACUAAAGAUAUCCUUAAAUCAAUCAGACAAACCACAUUAGCAAGUUUGUCUUGCUCUAUUAUUUCAAGUAUUAGCAACAAACAUUUCACAGCUGUUGCCAGUCUGAUGGAUGAGUGAUGAGUUAGGUGUUGGGGUUAAAUCCAUGCCCAACAAAAAAGAAAUAAAGAAAAAUGUCAAGUCUCA